AUGAUGAUGAAGUUGCGACUGUUGUGCUGUGUUGUGGGGGUGCUCGGUGUGCAAGUGGCCCACGGGCAACGGGUUCUCUCGGGGAACGAAAACAAACUCGACCUCGCUUCUGGCGAGCAGGUGGUCAUCACGCCGGCUGAGCCCGACACGCUGUCGAUCAUCGAUUUCUCCGAGUUCCCUCCGUUGGUGCAGCACUUGAAAGAUCUGCCCAACACGGUAAUCGGCCCGCCGUCGAAUAUCGCCGUGUCGCCCGACGGUUCUCUGGCGUUGAUCGCAAACUCGCUGAAGCGCGACCCCCAGCAGUCAGACACGCUGGUGCCCGACAACGUCAUCCGUGUGCUCGAUCUCACCGCGUCGCCGCCGACUGUGAUCGAUGAAGUGACCGCGGGUCUCCAACCCUCCGGUAUGUCGUUCACACCCGAUGGCAAGCUGGCCCUGGUGGCCAACCGCGCGGCGGGCAGAGUUUCGGUGUUGCGAAUCGAAGGCCAGAAGGUUGAACACCUGCGCGAGAUCGAAGUGGGCGAGCCGGAAGAUCAGGUAUCGGAUGUGGCGAUCAGCCCCGAUGGUCGCCUGGCGCUGACUAGCAUCAACGCGGCAGGGCACCUACGACUGUUAACGAUCGAUGGUGAAGACGUCGUCGCCACCGAGCGGAAGAUCUCCACGUAUGGAACUCCCUACCGCUGCGUGAUCACGCCCGAUGGUGAGUUGGGGCUGACCGCGGGUGCCGGUGUGGGCGGAGCCCCCGACAUCGAUGCAUUGACGGUCGUAGAUCUCACGGCCGAUCCCGUGCAGACGAUCGGUUAUGUUCCCAUCGGUUCAGGGCCCGAGUCGAUUGAGAUCAGUCCCGAUGGUCGCCUGGUGGCCGCGGUGUUGAUGAACGGAUCGAACCUGGCGGAAGACGAUCCGAAUCGUACGGAAGAGGGUAUGCUCACGUUGUUGGCGCGGCGUGGGAAGUCGUUCGAGGUCGUUCAGCAACUUCCGGUCGGUCGCAUUCCCGAAGGGGUCGCCUUCACGGCCGACGGGCGUUACCUGCUGGUGCAGUGUCAUCCCGCGCGAGAGAUCUGGAUAUUUCGCGUCUCAGCCCACCUGGCAAUCGGGAUCAAAUACAACCUCGAGGCUGAAGGCUAUCGCGUGAGUGCCGUGGGCGAUGGCCACGAGGCGCUGAAGAUCGUCGAGGAAGGACCCGAAGACAUCGACCUGGUGGUGCUCGACCUGAUGCUGCCCGGGAUGAGUGGCUAUGCCGUAUGCGAGUCGCUCCGCGAGCAGGGCAACAUGGUGCCCGUGCUGAUUCUUAGUGCCCGCACGUUGGCCGAAGAUCGCAUCCGUGGGUUCGAUGUGGGGGCCGAUCAGUAUCUUCAGAAGCCGUUCGAUUUGGACGAACUGUUGAGCCGAGCCCGAAGUUUGUUGGAUCGGCAUGCCCGUCGCGCGACGAAGCCCUCUGCGCGUCGCGAGCUGGAUCACUACGAGUUCGGCAACGUCAAGAUCGACUUCAAAACCCACGAGGUCACCGUCGACGAUGAACCACUGCGGCUCACGUUCAUGGAGUUGAAGUUGAUCCGUUACUUCAUCGAGAAUGAAGGCAUCGUGCUCAGUCGCGAUCAACUGCUAGAAAACGUGUGGGGCAUCUCCAGCAGUCCUACGACCCGUACGGUCGAUAAUUUCGUCAUGCGGUUGCGGAAGUAUUUCGAGCGCGACCCUUCCGAACCCCGGCACUUUCUCAGCGUCCGUGGGGCCGGCUACCGCUUCUUGGCGGAAGACACCUUCCAGCGGAAUCACCCCAUGUACGGCCGGCUCCGCAAUAGCAUCACCCUGCUUGGCUGCGCAGUAGCGCUGAUCGCUGCCGGUGCGUUCGCACCCGCGGUGGCCGAGGAGGAAGUGUCUUUCGUCGAUCAGCAUCUGCGGCCGUUCCUGUCGAAUUACUGCAUAAGCUGCCACAGCGGGGAAGAGCCCGCUGGCGAGUUCACGCUUGAUAAUGCGGAGUUGCUGGAGCAGGGGCCCGAGCAUCGGGAGCAGUGGGAAACCGUGGUCGAGUACCUGCGGGCCGACAUGAUGCCGCCCGAGGAUGAGGCCCAGCCGGAAGCCGAUGAGCUGAAAUCAAUCGUCGCUUCGAUCGAGUCGAACUUCUUGGCGAUCGAUUGCGAGAACACCACCAGCCCCGGCCCCGCGAUGGUUCGCCGUUUGAAUCGGGCCGAGUACGCGAACACGAUUCGCGAUUUGUUGGGCAUUGAGUUCGAAGGGGCGGACGACUUCCCUUCUGACGACGUCGGUUACGGCUUCGACAAUAUUGGCGAUGUGCUUUCCAUCUCGCCAAUCUUGAUGGAACGCUACCUGGCCGCAGCCGAAGAGAUCGCCAUCCAGGCCAUCGUGGCCGACGAUCCGCGCCGCUCGCGGAUCGUGCGGUUCGAAGCGGAAGACUUACCGUUUGAGAUCCCGGCCGGGGCCGCACUCGAUAGCCUUCGCUAUUUCUACAGUGGGGGUGAAGUUUACACCGAGAUCGAGAUUGGCUGCGCCGGUGAAUACCGCUUGAAGGCCCGCGCGUUUGGUGAACAAGCCGGCGAAGAGCCGGUGAAGAUGGCCUUCCGAGUGAACGGCGAGCAAGCCCAUGUGGCCGAAGUGGAAGCCACCUCGAUGAAGCCGGAUGUGUACGACGCCGUGCUCGAGUUGCCCGAGGGCACCGUUCGCAUCGCGGCAGCGUUCGUGAACGACUUCUACAACGAGAACGCCCCCGAGGGUGAGAGCCGCGAUCGCAACAUGGCGAUCGACUACCUCGAGCUUGAAGGUCCGUUGAACGUGGAGCCCGCUCCACUGCCGGAGUCGCAUCGGCGGAUCAUGAUCUGCGAGCCGACGCCCGAGACACGGAACGAUUGCGUUCGCGAAAUCAUUCGCAACUUUGCCGAGCAGGCCUACCGCCGCCCGCUGUCGGGAAUCGAAGUCUCGCGGUUGUCGAAUCUGGUCGACUAUGCCGAGCAAGAAGGGGCCAGCUUCGAGCGGGGCAUUCAACUGGUGGUGCAGGCCGUGUUGGCGUCGCCGCACUUCUUGUUCCGCACCGAACUGCCCGAUGACGACCUGGAAGACGGUCGCGUGACGAACGACUAUCAACUGGCCUCGCGAUUGUCGUACUUCCUGUGGAGCAGCAUGCCCGACGCCACGCUCCUUGAGCUGGCCGCAGAAGAUUGCCUGCAUGAACCGGAGGUGCUCGAAGCCCAGGUGCGUCGCAUGUUGGCCGACCCCAAGUCGGUCGCCUUGGUCGAUAACUUCGCUUCGCAAUGGCUGCAGAUUCGCAACCUGGAGUUGGUCGAUCCCGACACGAAGCGUUUCCCCACAUUCAAUGACGAACUGCGCGUGGCCAUGCGACGUGAGACCGACUUGUUCUUCGAGGCGGUUAUCCGCGAAGACCGCAGUUUGCUGGAACUGAUCGACGCCGACUUCACGUUUCUCAACGAGCAGCUCGCCAAGCAUUACGGAAUUGAGGGGGUCGAGGGCGAUGAAUUCCGUCGCGUCACGCUCGAAGAUCGUGCUCGCGGGGGAGUGCUCACUCAGGGUAGCGUGCUCACGGUGACUUCGAACCCCACGCGGACUUCGCCCGUAAAGCGAGGCAAGUGGGUGAUGGAACAAUUACUGGCGGUAUCGCCCCCUGCGGCUCCACCAGAUGUGCCACAGCUAGAAGAAGCGGGCCGAAAGCUGGAAGGCUUCGGGCUAGAAAACUUCGACGCCGUGGGUGCCUGGCGCGAGAAGGACGAAGGCCUGCCGAUUGAUGCCUCGGGCGAGCUGCCCAGCGGGGCUAGGUUCGCUGGACCGGCCGAAUUGAAACAGAUACUCCUGGGUCGCGCCGACGAAUUCCGUCGCUGCGUGGCCGAAAAAAUGUUGGUGUACGCGAUUGGGCGCGGGCUUACCCACGUCGAUCGUUGUACCAUUGAUGAGAUCGUCGAGUCGCUAAAAGCGGGCGACGAUCGAUUUUCGGAACUCGUGCUUGCCAUCGUUCGCAGCAAUGCGUUCGACCCCCGGCAAACCGAAGGCUUGGGAACCGCAAUCGCACUGCCGAUGCUCGAGACGAUGACACCGCUUCGGGCGAUGGCCUCGGAGGCGGCCGUUGAAGCUCCGCGGCGGAUGGCGUUUUUCUUCGUGCCCAAUGGCGUGCACAUGCCGCAUUGGACGCCCGAGCAAGAAGGGGCCGACUUCGAGCUGCCACCGGUGCUCGAGUCGCUGGCCGACUUCAAGAACGACAUGCUCAUCCUUUCGGAACUCACCCAGGACAAAGCCCGUUCCAAUGGCGAUGGCCCUGGCGACCACGCCCGUUCGGCGUCGGUGUUCUUAACCGGUAGUCAGCCGCACAAGACCGACGGGUCGGACAUCAAGGUGGGUGUUUCCGUCGAUCAGAUCGCGGCACAACAAAUCGGAUCGCAUACGAAGUUCCCCUCGCUGGAAUUAGGCUGCGAUCGCGGGGCCCAGUCGGGCAGUUGCGACUCGGGCUAUAGCUGUGCGUACUCUUCGAACAUCUCGUGGCGCACGCCCAGCACCCCUAUGGCCAAAGAGAUCGAUCCGCGGUUGGUCUUCGAGCGACUCUUCGGAGCUGGGCGAAAGACCGAUGUGGCCGAGUCGCAGGACCGCCGGCAACGCCUGCAGAAAAGCGUGCUCGACUUCGUGCUGGACGACGCCAGCCGGUUGCGAAAGAAGUUGCCCACGGGCGAUCAGCGGAAGAUGGACGAAUACCUGACGUCGGUCCGCGAAAUCGAGAUGCGAAUCUCACGGGUCGAACUGGGGCUCGAUGACGAGCAACCCAACAUGUCGGCCCCCGUUGGCAUUCCGAAAGACUUUGGGGCUCACAUCCGGUUGAUGCUCGACCUGAUGGUGCUUUCGUUCCAGACUGAUCUCACGCGGGUGUCCACGUUCAUGUUUGCCAACGAAGGCAGCAACCGCAGCUACAAGUUCAUCGAUGUUCCCGAGGGGCACCACAACCUCUCGCACCAUGGCAACGACGAAGAGAAGCAGGCCAAGAUCAGCCGCAUCAAUCGUUUCCACAUGGAACAGUUCGCCUACUUCCUGGGUCGCAUGCAGUCGGUGAGCGAAGGCGACCGCACGAUGCUCGAUAAUUCGAUGCUGCUCUACGGUAGUGGGAUUGGCGACGGCAACCGUCAUAACCACGACGACUUGCCCAUCAUGAUCGUCGGAAGUGGGGGUGGUCGACUCAGCACGGGUCGUCAUAUCCGUUACCGCAGGAACACCCCGCUGAACAAUCUCUAUCUCUCGAUGCUCGACCGCAUGGAUGUCAGUAUCGAAUCGCUGGGCGACAAUGCUGCUGUGUUCUUGCUGGUCCUGAUUAUCGCGGUGGUCAAUCUCGCCUUGGGGAUUGCGCUGGCGGUGUACUUUGAUCCCACGCGUGGCACGGAACGAGAAUUACACGUCCCGGUUGCGGCAGCGCCUGUGGUUGAGAACGAAUCACCACCCGCGCAACCUCCGGCGAAAGAACCUGAGCCUGAACCGGAAGCCGCAGCCGAGCCAGUUGCCGAAGAUGUCGUUGAAGAGGAACCGGUCGCGGAAGAAUCUGAAACGCCGGUUGAUGAGCCUGUCGAGCAGACGGUGGUCAGUGAUAUUCCCAGCGAAACGUUAUCGCAACGGGAACUGUCGGCCUGCGAGGCUCCGCUCAACGAGUUCCAAGAACACAUCGAUGCCCAAUUGGGGCUGCUGCGAGAUAUGGAGCAGCGUCUCAGAAAACAGGGUGAAUCGUUGGAGAUCGAGGAUGUCUCGAAGCUCGCGAGCGACCUGGUUUCGUACCACGCCGAAUUCGAUGCACACGUGAACGAGUUGAUGAAUCAACUCGACGAACACCGCGACACCUGGGUCGAGGCGGCUCAUACCGUCGAACAAUUCCUCGAAGCGUUAAGAGAAACCAAGAGAUCGGCUGAAGCCAUCGAUACCUCGCUUCGUGAGCUUAGCGACGAGGAAGAUGCAGCCCUGGCUGGAGACGAACUUCGCAGGUUGCUUCAUCGGGCCAUCAAUCUCGUGUUCGAGCAUCGCGAUCGGGUCGAGGCAGUUCGUUCAGAGAUGAUGUUUGACUUGGGGUUGUUGCCUCAACUCACGAGCGAAGACUUUGCCUCUGGACUGCCGGACAUCUUGAAUCGCCUGGGUAUCGAAACCACGAUUCGACGCUGGCGGCAGAAACAAACCAGUAGCACCCGGCCUUACAGCUUGGCCGUGAUCGGGAUCGACCGAUUAGCGGACCUGAACGAUUCGUUCGGCACCGAGACGGUCGACAAAAUUCUGGGGCACGUCGCCGCGCAGACACUGGAAGCUAUCCGCUCGGACGACGCCAUGGGUUACUUCGACGGCUCGAAGUUCCUGUUGUUCUUCCCCGAGACGGGUCCUGCCAGUGCGACCAGCUAUCUCGAACGGAUGCGGCAGAACCUGGUGGUCACGAUGUUCGAGCACGGAGAUGCCGACAUCUCGGUUACCACCAGUUGCGGCGUGGUCGAGGGCGAUCCGGACGACGCGAUCGACGCCCUGGCGAUCAGUGCCGUCGACACAAUGAAAGCCGCCCGGGCCGAGGGGGGCAACUGCACGAUGGUACUCGAGCACGGCGAGCCGACGGCCGUCUCUCCGCCCGACUACGCGGUCGAAUCGAAGACGAUUUCUCUCUGA